AUGCAUGCUGCAAUUACAAGACUAUUAACGCUGGUGUUCCACAAGGCUGCGUACACACACAACUGCCUGUCAGAAGUUGAAACCCAAAUCGCGAAAGCUGAAACCCGAAUCGAGAAAGCUGAAACCCGAAUCUACCAAGUGAACAAACGGGUUGACAACGUGAUGGCUGUCGUGAAGAAAACGCUGGACGAUCUUAAACUGGGGGAUGGAAUUACAGCUCCCGUAGUAGCUAUAACACCUUCGCUACGUGGGUUCAAAGUGCCACCGUUCGACGGGACUUCUUCCUGGUCAGCUUACAAAAUCCAGUUUGAAGCCGUUAUGAAGGCGAACGGCUGGAAUAAAAGUCAGGCCAUGACUGCUCUCACACUAGGCCUGCGCGACCAGGCCUUAACAGUUCUGGAAGCUCUCGGGGAGGAAGUGACUUAUGAGCAACUCCUUGAGGCAUUGGAGGCGAGAUAUGGCGACGCUCACCUGGAACACGUCUUUCAUGCGCAGCUUAAAGAUCGCGUGCAGCGCAUCAACGAAAACCUGCAGCAGUGGGCUCUAGAGGUGGAGAAGCUGGUGCGGAAAGCAUACCGGUCUGUACCUGCGCUCAUUGAAGGGAACCUGUUGCAGACAUUCAUCGACGGCAUCCGCGACCUGGAAGUCAGAGCUGCUGUGAGGCUCGGGCACCACGAGUCGCUUAAGGACGCCUUGGCCCAUGCACUGGAGGUGGAAGCCGUGCGGCAGCAUCAUCGUUCCCAUCGCGUCAGGGAGGUUGCAGCAGCUAUACUGCCCUAA